AUGAUUUUACUUCUAAUGGAUAAUCACGAAAGUCAUUGUACAAUAGAAGCUAUAAACUUUUGCCAAGAACAUGGUAUCGUCCUUGUUACAUUCCCCCCUCACUGCACUCAUCGACUUCAGCCCCUCGAUGUCGCAGUUUUGGGACCAUUCAAGCAUAAGUUAUCCGUGGCGCAAAAUGACUGGCUCCUAAAUAAUCCUUCAAAAACUAUAAGGAUACAUGAUCUUCCGGGUAUUGCUAAUACCGCUUAUAUUGCUGCUUUUACACCCAAAAAUAUAGUUUCAGGAAAACUAGAAGUUGCAGUUGAGCCAAAUAUAAAUACCGAAGCACGUGAAGCACCACAAGAUUUUGAUCCUAGUUCUGCUAAUAAUGAAUCAGAUGUUCAAUAUUCAAAUAAAAAUAAUCGCGAUAUUUCCAAAGAAAAUGUUGCUUCGCCUGAAAUCGCUAGGCCUUUCCCGAAAGCUGGUCCAAGACAAAAUACAAAGCGAGGAAGAAAGAAAAGAAAAUCACGCAUUUUGACAGAAACACCAGAUAAAAAUGAACUUGAGACUGCCUACAAGGAACGUCAGAAACGCUUAAAAAAAUCAGAAAUUCACUCUUUUAACAAGCGUUUAAAGCUAGAUAAAAGCACUAAACGGGCCAUCAAAGCUAAAAAGCCAAAGGAAUCGAGUUCGGACUCAGAUGAGAGUUGUUCCUAUUCGGUGAAUGAUGACACUGAUCUAGAUUUCAACUUUGCUGAUGACUCAUUCAUUGAAGAAGUUGAUGCAGAGUACGAAGACGAAGCAUGUAUUGAUUUAAGUUACGACCAUUUAUCCAGGCGAUUAUAUAUUGGUGGAAUGUUCAAAUAA